CUUAAUGAACGAGAUAUAUAAAAAUGUUUUAAAUGAAUUGAAAGGGUUAUUAAGUGAGCUAAAUAAUUGAUUCAUAAAUGUAAAUGACAAUUCAUUGUAGUAAUUUAUGAGGUUAAACGCCUUAUUAAAUGAAUGCCUCCUAUUUUGAAUGUAUUUAUAGUGUUCAUUGACAGGGUUAAUUGGUGGCUUAAUGCUUUGGAGGUAACGAUCAAUAAACAUGAAUGGAUAAUGACUCAGGUUUUCAGUUCAGCUUUUGUAAGUUGGAACGUUUAACAUUUGAGAUUGUUAUUGAAUAUUUUAAAUAUUCGUGUCAUCGAUCUACUUGACAAAUAGGAUAUUAUUUAUAUAAUAUAUAUAUCUCUGGCUUUAAAGCUAUAAACAUACACUGAAUAGUAUCGAAUGCAAUGAAAUUAUUUAAACCGCGACUACAUAGACAUCACGAUGGAUAGUGAUAUGAUUUAUGAUUUCCCGUGUACAAAUUGCCAGGAAAAUGGCCUGAACUCGGAUUCAGUGAGCUACUGUGAACAAUGUGAAAAAUGUUUCUGUACCAUCUGUGUGAAAAUGCAUGACCGCAUCCUCAAACACCACACAAUUCUUGACAAGAGCGAACAACAUUUACGGCUAAAAGAAACGGAUAGUGUUUACGACACCAUCGAGCCUGAUCCGGAUGAUGGAACUGAGGACACCGUCCAAAAACUGGAUUGUGAUAUUCGAGAAUCUUCCAAAGCUGGGGACAUAGUCUGUGAAAUUCUCGAUAAUCCUUUAACAACAUUAUGCGGAAUAAUUGGGGAAGCUAGCUUGUACAUCGACGACAGAGGCAUCCGUAUAACACGUUCAGACCGAAAAGCAUUUGCCGAAACUCCACUACAUAUGAUAAGAAGUUACGGUCUAAAAAGAUAAUUUAUAUUUUUCUUCGAAGUUGGAGGCCGCUUCUCGUUCGAAGAGGGAUCCAUAUGUAUGAGGUGUAGUACACGUCAGGAAACGAAAAUGGCGAACUCAUAUAUGGACAUAGCUAGUGGAAAAAACAAAUUAGAGAUCGGCGGUGUACAAAUAUGUAUAAUAUAGUAGAUGCAUUCAUGUGUAUGUAUAAUUUUACAAGGUUGGUAGAAAAUAUAUGUGAAGGAAUGUAGUAAAAAGGCAAUGGCGUCAAUAAAAUGCAAUCAUUUACGAUGUUAGUUUACCGCGCGCUUCAGAAGACAUGUGUCAAGGUUUAAUGUUUUUUUCUACAUAUUUAAAAUCCGAGAUAUAAACACAGACUUAGAUAAAAGCAAAUAAUGUUUAGUUUUUCAGGAACCGCGUCAUUAUUUUUUAAACCCUAGAUUCACUUACAAUGUUCAUACAAAAGCUAAGAAUUAUACUACCAAUUGCUUGAAUUUUUUAGUUGUGUGUAACCGUAUCCAAUUCAAAUUUCGUUAGAUAAAAAUAAAUAAUAUUUGUUAUUUAGAAACGUAUUGUCUUUGCUUAAUUAAUUCUAGCAAAUUUAAGAAAUUAUAUCAAUGAUAUUUUAGAUAACUUCGAGCUUUAAAACACAUCAUUGUUGAAUCAAAUCAACUUUAAUUACACGCCUGACAAAACCGAGGUUCUAUUUCCAUAGCCAAACUAUACAUUAAGAAUGCUCAGGUGUUAACCUGCCGGUAGUUGUUCGAGAUGUUUGUAUUAAAUUAAAUGAAUAAGAUGUAUUUUCAAUGAGUUUUGCAUUUCAUGAAAACUUAAUGAUCGAUAACGUUAAACGGUAAAUGUUAAGAGGUACUCCUCUUACGAAUCAAUUAUUUUUUGCCUACAAUACUAAUACACACGAAGACCGCGUUUGUAAUAUAAACUCGUUAGAUAGUUUCAAAUGGCGUGAAUGCUAUCAGUGAGACAAUAAUUUUCUUUUAUGAUCGUUUCACUAGAUCGUUCAAUUACAGAUUUAGUCAAAAUCGAAACCACUUAUAUAGGUAUAGAAAAGACAAGUACGACUUUCAUAUGUUUAAAGGAGAUGGUGCCUACCAAAGAAUGAAUGAAGAAAAAAGACUGAGUGCCAACUUGUAGGUAUCAAGUAUUAAAACAAAAUAAUGGAAGCCUUAACAUUAAUUUGGUUAACAAUAAUAUAUCUUAGAACAAGAUGUGCUCAAUUUAACCUUUGCAUUUGUUGAAUAUUUCAUGUCAACACUUUUAAAGGGUCUGUCUCUUGAUAAGCUAACAUGAAAUUGGACGAUAACUUAUGCGCCUUUAAAUAAAGAAAUGUAGUAAAGUAUAAGACAAUUCAAAUCCACAAAGGCUCACAGUAUUGAUGAUAUUGGUACAGAGUUAU